GAGAGCGGCGAGGUCUUCGCCUGCAAGGUGGUGCCCAAGGCGCUGCUGCUGAAGGCGCCGCAGCGGGAGAAGAUGGCCACGGAGGUGGGCAUCCACCGCAGCCUCCAGCACCGCCACGUGGUGGCCUUCCACGGCUUCUUCGAGGACGCCCGCUUCGUCUUCGUGCUCCUCGAGCUCUGCCGCCGGAGGUCGCUCCUGGAGCUGCACAAACGCCGGAAGGCGCUGACGGAGCCGGAGGCCCGCUACUACCUGCAGCAGAUCAUCAUGGGCUGCCAGUACCUGCACAGUAACCAGAUCAUCCACCGCGAUCUCAAGCUGGGCAACCUCUUCCUGAAUGACGACAUGGAGGUGAAGAUAGGUGACUUUGGCUUGGCAACCAAGGUGGAGUACGAGGGGGAACGGAAGAAGACGCUGUGCGGGACCCCCAACUACAUCGCCCCCGAGGUGCUGGGAAAGAAGGGGCACAGCUUCGAGGUGGACGUCUGGUCCAUCGGCUGCAUCAUGUAUACUCUCCUGGUUGGAAAGCCCCCGUUUGAGACCUCAUGUCUGAAGGAAACCUAUAAGAGGAUUAAGAGCAACGAGUACACCAUCCCGUCGAUCGUCAACCCCGUAGCGGCCAACCUGAUCCGGAAGAUGCUGCGCUCGGAUCCAGCCACCCGCCCCACCACAGAGGAGCUGCUGGGCGACGACUUCUUCUCAGCAGGUUACAUCCCUUCCCGCCUGCCCCCCAGCUGCCUGACCGUCCCACCCAGGUUCUCUCUGGCCCCCAACGGGCCUGACGCUGGCGGGAGGAAGCCCCUGACUGUCGUUAACAAAGGCCCAGAGAGCCCCAUGCUAGACAAGGUGCCCCAGAAGGAGGAGGAGGGGGGAGCCCUGCAGGAGCCGGACGAGUCCGUGGACAGCCUCCUGGUGGACCUCUUGCAGCAGCUGACUGUGGUGAACGCCUGCAGGCCUUCGGAGAGAGUCCCUGUGAGACAAGAGGAGGCCGAAGACCCGGCCUGCAUCCCCAUCUUCUGGGUCAGUAAAUGGGUGGAUUAUUCGGACAAGUACGGCCUAGGCUACCAGCUGUGUGACAACAGCGUGGGCGUCCUCUUCAACGAUCUGACGCGCCUCAUCAUGUACAACGACAGGGACAGUCUGCAGUACAUUGAGCAGAACGGCUCCGAGUCCUACUUCAACGUGCGCUCUUACCCGGACAGCUUCAACAAGAAGAUUACGCUGCUGAAAUACUUCCGCAACUACAUGAGCGAGCACCUGCUGAAAGCCGGCGGCAACAUCACCCCCCGGGAAGGAGAUGAGCUGGCCCGCCUUCCUUACCUGCGCACCUGGUUUCGCACACGUAGCGCCAUCAUCUUGCACCUGAGCAACGGCACCGUGCAGAUCAACUUCUUCGAGGACCACACCAAGGUCAUCCUGUGUCCCUUGAUGGCCGCCGUCAGCUACAUCAAUGAGAAGCGGGAGUUCCACACCUACAAGUUCAGCCUGAUCGAGGAAUUUGGCUGUUGCAAAGAGCUGUCGAGCCGCCUGCGCUUUGCUCGCACCAUGGUGGAGAAACUACUGGGCUCCAAGGUGGUCGCGGCUGGCGCCAAACCUUCUGCCUAG